GCCCCCACCACGGCCGCUCUUCAUGGCCGCGGAGAUUAACCCGCGGGCUGCCGCGGCUUGCGUGCUCACGGCGAAGGCCAAUAACGUGGAGCCGUUCGAAGUUGUCUGCUGCGACCUCGACAUCUGCAUGCGGGAUCGCUUGAGAGGGCUGGUCGACGUCCUGCUGUUCAACCCUCCCUAUGUUCCAACACCACCGGAGGAGGUCGGUUCAAAAUACGCCGCAGCACAGGGGGGGAAAUGA